GAAGAGUUCAAACCGGAAGUGCUUGAACAUAAACAAGCACGAUGGCGGCGAUGGAGGCAGAAAGGAACUCUGAAACAGGCAAACUGGAGUUCUCUCUGGACGUCCCCUUCCCGUCCUCCGGCGAGGCCACCAUCGCUCUGCGCUCUCUGUCCCCGGACCGCGAGCCGAGGAAAGGAGGCAUCAGCAAAGAGCUGGCGGUGUCGGGCAGCACGCUCUCCGUGAGGUGGAGCGCCGACGAAGCUCGGAUCCUCAGAGUGUCCGUCAACUCGUUUCUGGAUCAUCUGUCGCUGGUUUUGGAGACCAUGGAGCAGUUCGGUCCUGCUGCUGAGUGCUGAUCCGACCGUCUCCACUUUUCAAAAAGUCUGAGAGACA